AUGAGGAUUCAAGUGAAGAAGGAACCUCCCCAAAAGUUAGAUGAGUCUCAUUGUCUUGAUGGUAAGAGGUUUGAUGAAGAAGUCUUCGAUGGGAAUUGUUUAAACUUGCUAUUUGAAGAAAAUUUGAAGAUGGAUUUGGAAGUGGAAGCACCGAAAAUCACAAAAGAGAAACCCAAGAAGAACAAGACUUCAACCGUUCUCUUGUAUCCUAUGAAGUUUGUUGAUGGUGGUAUAGAAUGCAAAGUGAAGAGUAUUGGCGGUUCUAAGCCUUUCUCAAAUGCGAAAGUGAUCUUAACUCGGGGUUUGAGUAAAGAAGAGAUAGCCAUCAUCAAUGAGACAAUGGCAAAGGUUUUGAAGAUCGAGCUCACCGAUUAG